AGAGACGUAGAGACCAUCAUAUGAGUAAAUUUAUGGCGUUGAAUAUGCGUUGAAUAGUGUUGUAAGUUGAUAAUUGAUUAAUCCUUGUGCACGGUCAUUAUCAUCGCCAUGUAUAGGUUAAUCGAGUGAUUUACAGCUCAAUUGAUGCAACUGCAGCUCAAUGGAAGAAAAAUUCGCUUAGUUUGGCAUCAGUUGACUUUUCCAGUUUAGUUAUUCGUCGCCGAUAGACCAUCGAAUAAGCCGCAAAAUGAGAAACAAUACUGAAGUUAUUCAAUUCCAAUAAACCUUUCGGUAACCUAGUUUCGAAGGAGAUAUAGACAAUUUUGUAGUAAGCCAAACUUUCAAAAUGUUGUUGACAUUUUACUAUUUGACGAGCACUUGCAUCCAGUCAUGGCGAAUAAAUUCAUUGAAGAAGACAUUUGUCAAUAUUUUUAACAAAAAUGCUUCCAUCGUUCUUUACAAAGAAAGAGAAUUACUUGAAGGAGAAUACGCAGGUUGUGAUUCUCUGGGGUCGUAUAUUAGAGGAGCUACUUCGGAAUAUUGUUCCAAUAAAAAAGACGCUCAUGUUUUGGAUUUAUGGAGUUAUAAAUACGGAAAAAGAGGAUGUUCUGUCUUCCCUGCGCAAUCGGUAAAUAUCACUAAUUGGAUCAACAUUCCUAGCAAAAGCACUUUUUUCCCGAUACGGUUGCAAUCUGAGAAAAUAUCCUUAAGCAGUCACACUAUUUGGAUUCUCCUGGAAGCAAGUUUCUUGCAAAAUGAGAUUUCUGAAAGUAAAGUUAUUUGUGAGUUGGAAAAUUAUGGCAUUCCAAAAGCGUGGACCGCCAAAGAUUACUUUGCGUUGGUUAUGGAGACUGAUAUCGAACACUUGGUCAAAUUUGGCAGUAGUUUCAUGACGAAUGAAUUAUGUUUAAAUAAUUUAAUGGAAAUUAUUCGAUUAGAAACUGUAAGCGUGUAUGGUACUCCUUGCUCUUUAUUGCAUUCCGACCGAAUUCCUAUUCUUAUUUAUUCGUUGAAUUCUUCGAAUACUAAAAGUAAACAAGAAAAAAAUACAGACGAUGUUGAUCUGAAAACUUUUCACAUCGAGAUGCUUCGCAAAAUUGCCAAAAAUGCUGAAGAACUACAACAGUCUUCUGAUACAUAUAAAGAUCUCGAUUACCCUCCGAUCACUAUCACGAAAAUUGACCAUUCGAAAACCGAAUUGCGUAAAUCAAAAAAUAAAUCAGGAGUUUGUGAUCGAACCGAUUCGAAAAAUUCCAAGCAAGGGAUUUCUAGAAGCUGUAGCGAAGAUACUUCAGCUAGUUUAGCAGUUCAAACCGGCAGCACGAUUUGUUCUCUCAGUGCAACUAGUCAAUACAGCACUGAUACAGUAAUCAUUGAAGAUCCCAUGGAUACAGCGGUAUUCAACAGUGUCGAUGAUUUAACGGAAAGUUUGGAUUGGCGAACAAAUUCGCAUUCAUCGCUGCAUACUUCGGCUGCUUCUUCAAUAGCUGGAUCUUGUCGGAGAUUAUCUACACCGGUGAGUCAUCGUGGUGAGCAAAAAACUGGCAAACCGCCGACCAUUUUACUAUUUAGCGAAAGUCCUUCCAGCGUUGGAAAUAUUAAGAACACUUUGAAGACCAUUUUACAAAAACAUAAGUACACAAUAUAUUCGUUACCUUUGAACGACAUGCUGAAAUCUUUAUGGAUCGAACAAGCCUAUCUUGUAGUACUCUGUGGCAAUGUUCCUCUUUCGUUAAAACCGCUAUUGUUGAAGUAUUUGUUGAAUAAUGGAGGCAGAUUGCUGUGUCUUUGCUCAGAUCUACUGGGAGUGUUUUUGCCAACGUUUAAAACAGCAGAAGUGCGACCAGAUGAAGUAGUCAGCUUCUCGUACGGUCAAUGGAAUCACAUCACUUUACUGCAUCACAUAUUCUGUUAUCAGCCUUCGCCUAAAUCUUCUAAAUUCUCAAUGGAUGAGUCGCCCUCCAACAACACGGCUUUUGCCAAUACUCCGUCUACCGUUGAAUUACGCGAUACUAAUUCAAAGCCUCAUACUUUGCAAGUAAAAGUACUAGCCGCCGAAGAAACCUGGCAAACUCCCACUUUGUUGCUUGCCACAAGUACAGAAGGUGGUGGAAAAGCUUUAUUCUCGCAGGUCCAUUUGGAAGUAGAUCCUCGUCCAGAUUCCGAUGUAAAAUACAAUUCAUCUAUGAGAUUAUCCCUAUUGACCGAUUUGUUAUCGAAUUACCUGGAUUUAGAGUGUACUUCAUCCCAAGAUACGUUGAAAUAUACUCCGGCAUAUUUCCUAGGACGACACGAAAAAAAAUUAGAAUUCUUGAAGACCAUCGCUGCUCAUCUUAAACCAGAGAAUACUUUAGCAAUGAAAAACAUAACACUGAAAUUUUGUGGUAAAGGAGCUUCUUCGUUGGAAGCAAAUGAACGUUUUCUGCCUGUCAAGUUGUACGAUUGUCCGCAAAACUUUUCCACCGUCGAAUAUUUCGAGAACUUGAAAACCGAACAAAUCGGUCGUCUUGUAAUUUACUCUGAAAUAAUGACGUCAUCUUUGGACAUUCUAACGGGACCGACGCUAGAUCAUGGAUUUGUGGCCGUUUCUAGGCAGCAAACUCAAGGGAUCGGACGUGGUGGUAACGCAUGGAUCAGUCCAGAUGGAUGUGCUAUGUUUUCAUUACAACUACACAUUCCUUUGAAGAGUACUUUAGGUCAAAAGCUCUCUCUUCUACAACAUAUCGUAGGUUUAUCUGUCGUUUCGGCCGUUUGCUCUGAACCUGGUUACGAGAAUUUGGAUUUAGCCUUGAAAUGGCCUAACGAUAUUUAUGCCGGAAAUAAUGCAAAAAUUGGUGGUCUAAUGGUCGUCACUUCUAUUUCCAAUGACAUCGCCGUUUGCAAUAUAGGUUGCGGCGUGAAUUUGAACAACAAUAUGCCUACAACUUGUAUAAACGAAAUGAUUACCGAAAUGAGCAAAAGCACUAAUAAGAAAAUACCCACUCUGUCGGCUGAAAAGUAUUUUGCCAUUGUUUUCAAUAAACUGGAAUCGUUGCUGGAUACAAUUGAGAAAAAAAAUCUUGACAUUGUGUUCGAUCUGUACUACAAAUAUUGGCUGCAUAACCUAUCUGAAGUAAAAAUAGUCAAACCAAAUGGCAAUAUGCAAACCGCUACCAUAAUUGGUCUAGACGAUUAUGGAUUUUUGAAAGUACGUGGCGAAAAAGGGGAUAUAUUUUCGGUUCAUCCGGAUGGAAAUAGUUUCGAUAUGUUGCAAGGAUUGAUAGCUCCGAAAUAGCGUUUUAAUCAAGUCGCCAUUUGUUAUAAUUGUUAUCGGGCGCAUUCCAUAUUACAUUUAUUUUAUUGAUACUGGAUCUCGUGUGUGGCCUAACAGUGUAAGCUGUCCAACGGAUCAACUUUCAUUAUCGUUUUUUAAAUUUUCUUUCCGAAAGAAUCAAAUUAUUUUAACGAUAUCAUGCUAGUCAUUAGUAAUUUUUAAUUUACUUAUUGGUUAAUGUUUCAUUUUCUUUUUUUUUUCGUUUCGUUCCCACCUUUCUGUUAAAGUUGUUUUAAUAAUUUUUUAACGUUAUUUUUAUCGUUUCGUUGCUAUGAUAGUAAGUAGGAGGUUGUGUUUUGUUUUUAUUUUACUUCCAAAGUUUUUUGCUUAGCGUUAAAUUGCUGUGUGAUUUAUUUAAACGUUUUUUCUUCGUUUUUAUUAAAUUAUAAAUUUGAAACGUA